AUAUUAUGAAGCUUCUAUUUAUGAACUUAAAGACUAUGUAAAAAAUCUUAAAAAUGAUGAAAUUUUACAGAAUUUACUUCCAGCAAUCGAAAAUAUUGUUGAAGAAAAAGAGUCAACUAAAGGCACUGCUAAAGACUGCAUUGAAGAUUAUGAAAAAUUGCCAAAGUUUACCUGGAAAGAAUUUAAUGAACGUGUUCAUAGUGGUGUUAUUGGGUCUGAUAUUACCAACGAUUUUUACAAUAAGCAUCAAAACAUUUCAAUCACCGAAGAAUUUGAUGCACCAGAAACACCUUUAUUAUUAACCGAAGAGCCUUCCAAGAAAAAUUCCAUGAUAUCUAAAUAUAUUUAUCACCUUCAAGGGAAAUCUACUCCUCAAAAAGAAAACACUUUUGCUACUUUUAUUGAUAUUCUUAAUUCAAAAUAUUAUUUAAAAGCUCCCAUUGCACAACAUACUCAUAGUAGGUUUGCAACUCAAACGAUGGCUUCGAUGGUUAUAGCUAAAAUUGAAGGAGUUGAAAAAGAUUAUGUAUCAGAUAGGUUUUCUAUGGCAACAUCCCUUGAUAGUCCAAUCAAUUCAUUAUCUAGCGAUGACGGUGAAUUACCUUCUAAUAUGGAGCAUAUCAAAUUUCAUCGUUAUAAGCUUACUAGUAAAGCGAUGGUUAAUGUAAAUGAUAAAAUUCCUGUGAUGAGAUUUACAUUCACCAAAAUUUAUCAAUAUAGUAAUGAUAAUAAUGAGAGAUUUUAUCCAGGAAGUUACAUUGAAUUAUUUGCCAAAGUAAAAGGUCAGAUGGUAACAAGAAAAUAUAGUCCAUUAGAAGGCAAAAUUUCAAAAUCAUUUUCGAUUUAUAUUAAGAUUUAUCCGACUGGACUUUUAUCUCGGCAUUUGAAUAAACAACUGUUAGGAUAUGAAGUUUUAGUCCGUGGUCCAUUUGAUCUCAAAUUAUCUCCUUAUACUGGAAUGUUACCAUUUACUGUAAAAGGUUCCUUAUUAAAUCCGAAUAGCCUUGAUGGAUGUUGGAAUGAAUUAUACAUGAUUGCUGGAGGUACUGGUGUAACACCAAUGUUGCAGUUAAUAAAGUACCAUUUAGAACAAUCAUCAAAGCAAAUUAACGAAGUUGAUAAUUAUAAAAGGAUGAAUUUACUAUAUGCAAAUGACACAGUUGAAGAUAUCAUUGAUGGCAUAUUGCUCGAAGAUUUAGCACUCACGAGUCGUGGACAACUUACUGUCACAUAUUGUCUUUCAAAUCCACCUGAAGAAUGGAAAGGUUUAAGUGGAAUAAUUGAUUUGAACUUAUUAUCAGAAUGGCUAUCUAAAAUGGGAUGUGAUUUAUCUUCAUAUUCACCUGAACAAUAUCAAAGUUCUUCAAAUGUUGGAAAUAUUUUUCUUAGUAGUUCCGUACGCUAUGUCGGAUAUAAUGAUAUAUAUAAUAUCAAAGAUGAUCAAAAGAAUUCAAAACGAUCUUUUGUCUCCUCUCUGUCACAAAUUAAUGAAAUUUUACAUGAAACUCAGUCUUCGAAGAGAAGUUCAAAAACUUCUUUACAACUUAAUGAAAAUUUUCAUGAAACUCAGUCUUCGAAGAGAAGUUCAAAAACUUCUUUACAACUUGACAGAGAAACAAGUGAUGAUUCUAAUAAUAAAUUCACAUUACAAAAAGGAGUAUCUAAAAAAAAUUCUCAACAAUCGAUAGACCUUAAUACUCUUCCUUCAGCGUUACGGACAGGUGACUUACAAUCAUCCACUUCACGAUCAUCACCAGCAAUUACCACUCCUGGGGAUGACACGAUAAAUAAUGAAAAUGAAUCUACAUUUAAAGAAACUAGUCCUUCAGGAGAAAUUAGUCCUUUAUUUGAUAAAAGCUCUGGAAUUAACUUUUUGCAUCGAAAAAUUAUUGUUUGCGGACCAAAUGGAAUGGUAAAAGUUGUAGAACAUGCUUUGUAUAAUAUGGGAUACAACGAAAAUGAUAUUAUUUUAUUAUACAGUUAA